AAGAAACGCUGGUUUAUCCUGCGAAGUGGGCGGAUGAGCGGUGACCCAGAUGUUCUGGAAUACUACAAGAAUGAUCACUCCAAGAAGCCCCUGCGCAUCAUCAACCUGAACUUCUGCGAGCAGGUGGAUGCAGGCCUGACCUUCAACAAGAAGGAGCUGCAGGAUAGUUUUGUGUUUGACAUCAAGACCAGCGAGCGCACCUUUUACCUGGUGGCCGAGACGGAGGAGGACAUGAAUAAGUGGGUCCAGAGCAUCUGCCAGAUCUGUGGCUUCAAUCAGGCCGAGGAGAGCACAGACUCCCUGAGGAACAUUUCCUCAGCCAGUCACGGCCCCCGCUCUUCGCCAGCUGAGCUCAGCAGCUCCAAUCAGCACCUUCUCCGAGAACGAAAAUCCUCAGCCCCGUCGCACUCCAGCCAGCCAACCUUGUUCACCUUUGAACCCUCGGUGUCGAACCACGUGCAGCCCGCCUUGUCCACCAGUGCACCUCAGGAGUAUCUCUACUUGCACCAGUGCAUAAGCCGGAGAGCAGAAAAUGCAAGGAGCGCCAGCUUCUCUCAGGGCACCAGGGCCUCGUUUCUCAUGAGGAGCGACACGGCCGUGCAAAAACUUGCCCAGGGCAACGGACACUGCGUCAACGGGGUCAGCGGUCAAGUCCACGGCUUCUCCAGCCUCCCCAAGCCAAGCAGGCACAAUACAGAAUUCAGAGACAGUACCUACGACCUCCCCCGGAGCCUGGCCUCCCAUGGCCACACCAAGGGCAGCCUCACAGGCUCUGAGACGGAUAACGAGGAUGUGUACACCUUCAAGAUGCCCAGCAACACCCUGUGCCGUGAGUUUGGGGACCUCCUGGUGGAUAAUAUGGAUGUUCCGGCCACCCCACUCUCAGCCUACCAGAUCCCUAGGACACUCACACUGGACAAGAACCACAACACCAUGGCAGUCGCCACUCCUGGGGACUCGGCCGUAGCCCCCCCACCCCGGCCCCCCAAGCCAAGUCAGGCAGAAACACCUCGAUGGGGCAGCCCUCAGCAGAGGCCUCCAGUCGGUGAUAGCAGCAGAUCGGCCUCCGCCGCUGCAACCAUCCCCAGGCGCAAUACCCUCCCAGCCAUGGACAACAGCCGACUUCACCGAGCUUCUUCCUGCGAGUCCUACGACUACCCGCAACGUGGUGGAGACAAUGCAGGCCGGUCCACCGAGUCCAUGAGUGAUGCAGUCAGUGCUUUUCUGCCAGGGAAAACAGUUGUAGGCCGAUCGGAUAGCACCAAUUCCGAAGACAACUACGUGCCUAUGAAUCCAGGCUCCUCCACCCUGCUGGCUUUGGAGCGAGCAGGUGAUAAUUCCCAGAGUGUCUACAUCCCCAUGAGCCCGGGGCCCCAUCACUUUGACCCACUUGGCUACCCCACCUCAGCCCUUCCUAUGCACCGAGGCUCCAGCCGAGGGAGUGAGAUCCAGCCACCCCCCGUCAACCGCAACCUCAAACCUGACCGGAAAGCAAAGCCAACACCACUUGACCUGAGAAACAAUACCGUCAUCGAUGAGCUCCCCUUCAAGUCACCCAUCACCAAGUCUUGGUCCAGGGCCAUCCACUCCUUCAACCCGGGAUCCACCCAGUACUGCCGCCCCAUCUCCACACAGAGCAUCACCAGCACGGACUCGGGAGACAGCGAAGAGAACUACGUCCCUAUGCAAAACCCAGUGUCUGCAUCUCCCAUUCCCAGUGGCACCAACAGUCCGGCCCCUAAGAAGAGCGCUGGCAGCGUGGAUUAUCUGGCCCUGGACUUCCAGCCGAGCUCCCCAAGUCCCCACCGCAAGCCAUCCACGUCAUCAGUCACUUCCGACGAGAAGGUGGACUACGUCCAAGUGGACAAGGAGAAGACCCAGGCCCUGCAGAGCACCAUGCAGGAGUGGACAGACGUGCGGCAGUCCUCGGAGCCCUCCAAGGGGGCCAAGCUGUGACGCGCGGGCCACCGCCCCAGGGAGGGGCCGGGAGGCGGCGUCUCCAGGGCCGACGCCUCCCCGUCUGUCUCCCCCUUCUCUCCAGCGCGCCCUCCUGCCCACCCCCUCUCUACUCUGCCA